GCAGAUUUACCCCUAGACUGGUCAACACAUAGUCUGUUAUUGGGCUAGCCAGGAUACAGCUUACCAUGAACGUUCUUUAUAUAUUUACUUUUACCUUUUCCGCUCUCACAGCCACAGGACAUUGUCUUUCUUGCAUACAAUGUGUGAGUACGAACAAGAUGCAAUGCUCAGGGAAAUCCAUGGUCUGUCCAGCAACCUUCGAUGCCUGCAUUUCCAGUUACACCUUAACCAUUGUGGGUGGAAUGGAAAUAGGUAAAAUAUUCACCAGACAUUGUUCAGCUCGUGCUGCGUGCGACAGUUAUGGGAGCGUCAGUAUGCCCGACGGCAGAAUAAAGAGGACAUCUUCCUGCUGUUUCUCUGACAACUGUACCCCUUCUAUACCCACGUUCCCACCAGACAGACAUGAUAAAAAUGGUGUAAAGUGCCCGGGCUGCUAUUCACCAAAUGACAGAUCGUGUGUCCCCGAGUACAUCAUUGAGUGCGUUGGGGAGGAGAUCAGAUGCAUCAAUCACACUGAAACUAUGAAAUCAGGAGAAGUAGAGUCUGCAGUUGCUUUACAAGGUUGCGCAUCUAUAGACCUGUGUGCCGCUGGAAGCCAAGAGUUGCAGGUUGACAAUAUUAGAAGCCGAAUUGAAAUGACCUGUAUGAGUAGUAGUGUCUGUCUCCAGCACGGAUUUCUUUUCCUGGGUUCCGCUGCCAUCUUUUUUCUGAAACUGAUUCCCUAGUUGCUACAUGUGAGAUUUCCACAUAUAACAUAUAUAUAAUUGUGUGACGUACACUUUAAAGGGACACUCCAGGCACCAAAUGGUGCAGGGAGGCCCCUCGAGGCACUCUUACUUCAAGGGAAUAAAAACCGUUCUUGAACAGUUUAACCCUAACGUUCCCCCACCAUUCAGGAAGCCUAGAUUCCUGCUAGGCAGGGGAUCCGCUGAUUGCCUGAGAAUGGUCAGACAACUGCUCUAGGCAAAUCAGCGGCUCUACUGACUGUAGGCGCUCCGCGCUUCCUGAAUCUGAAAUUGCUGAAGCCGGAGUGGACAUCGCCACUGGAGGCAACUUUGGGGUUAAACCAUUCAAGAACAACUUAAGCCCUGAGGAAAGAGUGCCUACAGAAACAUUUUUCAAACAUAAUAACUUCAUUUAAAUUAAGUUGUUUUGGUGCCUGUAGUGUCCCUUUAAGCCAGCUUGUUUACACUGUUUUUAUGCAUUUUCUGCCAUCACUAUUCCCACAAAACCUUUUAAAAUUAAACUUCUGCUUUUCUGUGUUUUUU